GUACUUGCUGGCAAUCUGGCCGCAUAAUCAAAAAUGCUGCAUCUGAAGGUCCAGUUUUUGGAUGAUUCCCAGAAGAUUUUUGUGGUUGACCAAAAGUCAUCUGGAAAGGGCUUGUUUAACCUGAGUUGCAGCCACCUCAACCUCAUUGAGAAGGAAUAUUUUGGGUUGGAAUUCCGAAGUCAUUCUGGAAAUAAUGUUUGGUUGGAACUUCUAAAACCCAUCACAAAGCAAGUUAAAAAUCCUAAGGAGAUUAUUUUCCAAUUUAUGGUGAAAUUUUUCCCAGUGGAUCCUGGACAUCUGAGAGAAGAACUCACCAGGUAUCUUUUCACCCUUCAAAUCAAAAAAGAUCUGGCCCUAGGGAGGCUUCCCUGCAGUGACAACUGUAUGGCAUUGCUGGUGUCCCAUAUUUUACAAUCGGAGUUGGGAGAUUUUCAUGAAGAAACAGAUCGGAAGCACCUGGAACAGAAUCAGUAUUUACCUAACCAGGAAUGUUUAGAUAACAAGAUAAUGGACUUUCAUCAAAAGCACAUGGGAAGGAGCCCGGCAGACUCUGAGGUGCAACUGUUGGACGUGGCAAGGAGGCUAGAGAUGUAUGGGAUUCGGCCCCACCCUGCUAGUGAUGGAGAAGGGACCCAGAUUAAUUUGGCUGUAGCCCACAUGGGCGUUUUGGUGCUUCGGGGGAAUACUAAGAUCAACACUUUCAACUGGGCUAAAAUCCGCAAACUGAGCUUUAAAAGAAAACAUUUUCUAAUCAAACUCCAUGCACACAUCUCAGGAUUGUGCAAGGACACCUUAGAGUUUACCAUGACCAGCAGAGAUGCCUGCAAAGCUUUCUGGAAGACGUGUGUUGAGUAUCACGCUUUUUUCCGACUUUCAGAAGAGCCCAAGUCAAAGCCCAGGACUUUUUUGUGUAGUAAAGGCUCGAGUUUCCGCUUCAGCGGAAGGACCCAGAGGCAGCUUUUGGAGCAUGGAAAAAGAGGGAGGCUGCAGAGUUUACCGUUUCAGAGGAAACACUACCCACCUCAGUACCGAGAAAGACAGUGCAGAUCAUCCCCUGACCUCCUGUCUGAUGUGUCCAGACAAGUGGAAGACCUGCUCUUGGUAUACAGCAGCGGUUGCUACCGCAGUGGGAAUGGGACACAUGUGUCGGAGCCCUCACUAGGCUGCAGCAGGAGGAGGAAUUCUGCAGUCGAGGUGACAUUUGCAGCAGAACUGGGGCGCUCCAGGCCUGAGGCUGACCCGCUCCCAUUCCCAUUCCCACUCUACCAGUCUCAGAGCAGUUCAACUUUCCCGCUCAUCUACACUGAGCCUGACCCUUUUGAUUUCUGUGGGCAGAAGAGCCCUCUGACGUCCUUCCAGGUGCCCUCUGGACUUGCUGAAACGAACACGCGCCCUUUCCCUGGCCGCACACAGACUGAAAGGCAGCUAAUGUACACGGACGUGCCUUAUGCCCCCAACAUCAGCCCGCAGGUGGAGGUUGUUCCACCACAGGUAUUUUUCUACGUGGACAGGCCACCUCAGGUGCCCAGACGCUCUCCCAUCCCUGCUGAGGAAAAGGGCCGGUCUCCUCCUGGCCCUGCUCUCACCACCGUGAAAGCGCCCAAGAGAAGUCCGAGGGACUCAAGGCCCAAGGGCUUUCCACAUGAGGCCGGCCCCAGGAUGCAGCCCAGAAGCAGCGCCAGCCACGAAUUACAAGCGGAGGCCGGGGCAGGAGCCCCUGAAUACCCUCUCCAAGUCCAAAACCCCCAGCGCUCACGGAGCCAAUCAGACAUGAAAGCCAUCCGUUUUCCAUUUGGGUCAGAGUUCCAUCCCCUGGGCCCUUGCCCUCCUCUAAGUAGGAAAGCCAGUAUCUUGACGUAUAUGUUUGCAGAAGAAGCAUUUCCCGGAGCCUCGAGGGGCAGAGCGGUGCUAGGACACUACAUGGGUAGCGAGUCCAGCGACUCUGAAUCGGAGAUGCUUAACCCAGACCACUGUUCUUUACACAGUAGAAAACCAAGGUCACCUGUGACAAGAAUCCGUUUGUCUUCUGGGAGCUUCCAACUGGAUGAUGGCGAUGAGGAGGAUCCCUUUAACCCAGCUGACACUGAAGGGAGGACUUCACUGCAACCACCCAGUUAUUUUUUAGGUUGAACACUGCCCUUCAUCCACUAAGGUUGUUCUGUCCUAUCUUUUGUGUUCAAUGAGACCGUUAUUUCUGCAGAAGUUUUUUGUAGUUGCUGGUCACGGGAGACCAGGCAGGUCCUUGCCACGUAAGCAGUAGCAUUCUCUGACAGAAGCUUUUCUUCACGAGAAUCCAGAGCUCAGUAACAGAAACUUGAUGUUUCAUAUUUAGACCCGAAAAGCACAGCCAAAAUGUUUAAUGGUCCUUAAAACAAUUCAUUUUUCCUUCAGAGCAUUAAGUAUUUCCUUGGGUAACUUUAUUUCUAUUUUUAGAGUCUGCCUGCUGGAAGACUAGAGUUUGAGGAAAAACACCAUGUUCAGCCCAAGGUGUGCUGGUAAGAGAGAAGCCAUUGCUUGUGACCUUGAACUCCUCUAGGAAAGGACUUUGCUACAGGUUAAAACCUUCAAUUGCU